GCGGAGCGAGGAACAGCAGCAGCUCCGACCGGUUAUGACAGGUGUGAAGGAUGACCUCCUGCUCAGAGAUCUGCGGCUCAGAUUACGCUGAGCAGACUCACGGUGCCGUCAGCAGUGGUUAUCAGGGCUACGGCGUGCGCUCGUACCUGCACCAGUUCUACGAGGAGUGCACGGCCUCCAUCUGGGAGCGCGAUGAGGAUUUUCAGACACAGAGAUCGGCCAGCCGCUGGAGCUCCGUGCUCUGGAAGGUCUGUCUCGCGCUGGGAGCUCUGAUUCUGGUGGCGGGUCUGUCUGUGCUGCUGGUGGGCUAUGCUACGCCACCCCGUCUGGAAGCGUUUGGUGAGGACGAGCUACUGUUUGUAGACGGGCGAGCGGUCCGCUUCAACCGAGCUCUGGAUGCCUGCAAGCUGGCCGGGGCGGUGCUGUUCUGUGUGGGCGGCAGUGGGAUGGCGGUGGGUCUCCUGCUGGCCGCCUGCUCUCAGAACAGCUCCAAAGAAGAGCUCCGUCUGCAGCAGCGCUUCAAAGAGCGACUGGCUGAGAUCCAGGCCUCGGUGCAGCCCGUCACCCGCGCGCCCACACCCGGAGAUGCCAAGGUGCCCGUCACACUCUCCAAAGUGCAGAACGUCCAGCCGGGCGCCGAAACCUGAGAAUAUAUAAUGCUACACGCCGGGUUAAAACACUACAGCAGUUCCAGGAACAGUAGAGAUAGAUACCACUGCACUUCCUCUGGCGCAUAUCAUUCGUCUGUACCCAGAGUAUAUAUGGCGAUCAAUGUAACCGUACCCUGAAGAUAGGCAUGGGCCGGUAUAGGAUUCUGAUAACCUAGAAUAAAAGCAUCACAAUGUAUUUUAUUCUAAGAACUCUUUUGGACCAGUAAACAUGUCAGGCUAAUUAAUUGAGAUAAAUCAUUGGCGUCUGCUAUCUUAGUUUCCCAAACACAGAUUGAAAAGGAGAUCAGUCUUCUCUGUGGAUCUGAAGUAAGCCACAGCACUGUUCAGGUCUAUCGCAUGACUGCAUAUUGGUGUAAAAGAUUUGACUUUCAGAUGUUUCCUGAAUCGUGGGCUGAAAAAAAUCAAUAAAAUAAUCUUAAAAAAAAAACACAUAAGCACCCUGAAAGGGUAUAAUCGAACAUUCAGCAGUUUUAAAACCCUGACUUUACCAAACCAUGACUCUGGGUAUCGUCCCAUGCCUACCUGUAGCUCCUCAGCGGUGCUCCUGAACACAGCACAAACACACAACGGCUAGAAAUCCCAACACUUUUAGGCAGCUGUCCCCAAACUGCUUCACACUCUUCUGGCAUGUGCAUAUUAAUCCCGAAUAAGCAGGAACAGUUUCUCCAUUCCACCCCAAUGAUGCUUCGCAGACUGUAAUCACAUGGAGAUAUACGAGACGGAGGAAGUCAUAAACAAGCAGGGCGCGUGUUCAUUCAUCACCGCUGCCUUACUAACACGUCAACAGAGAACAUCCAGAUUUGUCAUUGCUUAUUCAGAACGCUGCGAUAUUCCAGCAGAUCUCUCCGACGAGCGCUUCCCGCUCUAUUGCUGCAGUCAAUCAAUAGUGAGCUGACAGAACGGCGUGCAUGGCGGACACAAUGGCACAGCGUCUCGAUAACACACAGCCAAUACAUCAAGGACAGAAAUAGAUUAGCGUCUAGAUGCGCCUGUGGGAUUAUGCAAUAUCCUCUAUAUCACUCUUUCUGCGCCGCGGAGAGGACGCGCUCGCUGUCUGAUGGUAAUUACACUCAUCCAAACCCAUCAGGACGUCCGCUAAUGUUCUGCACAUCAUCACAGGUUUAUUUCAGCGUUUAGUGUUGCUGUUCGGCUUCACGCGCGCACCACUCUCUUAUUUCUUCUUCAGGCGUUCGUGCCACGCAUUCCUACAAGAACUGAUCUUAUCACUGUCAUAAUUGCUUUGAUUAGUGCAAAUGUUGCACGAUCACACCCUCAAUUAUGGUCAAGUGCUGUUAGGAUGGUUAAUUAGAGUGGAAAGUGUAGCUGCAUCUUUUGUGUUUCUCAUUGUUCUGGAUUAUCAUCGAGCUUAUAUCGCUCACGCUGCUGACAAUGCUUGAGGUUUGGUCUUGCUUCUAGUUCAAAUAUCUAGUAGCUCCUAAAUUAAGAAGCAUGUGAACAAAUCUAGUGUUGUUUUCAGAAAUACUGAGUCAAAAUGAAGAGAGUUCCACCUUAAAACAAGCAGAAUACUCUGCAAUGGGGGAAGAGAAAUCAUCGUGCUGUUGCUUUUGACAUGAGCUUGUUUGGCUUCCUCCAUUGUCAGAUCAUUCUGCUUGUUUUAAGUUGAACUCUCUUCGUUUUGACUCGUUAUUUCUGAACACAACACUACAUUGUUGGCUUGUCUAGAAAGUCCUUCUUGAUUUAAGAGUGUUCAGAUAUUUGGACUGGAGCAUGUCUUCAGUGUGUCUUCAGAUGACAGAACGAUCUCUGGAUAUGUGAUAAUCUACUCAGACGGGUCUAAAUGAAGUCUUACCGUAACACGUGUGUCUCAGCUGCUUCAGGAACUCAGUGUUGGUGUUGUGUAGAUGAUCUAGUGUAUGUGGAUGUGUUGUUGCAGUGCUGGUGAGUGUCUGACCUGUGGUUUGGGUUGUCUGCUGUUGGGAAGAGACUGAAGGCACUGAGCUGUUCUCAUGUUUUCAGCAAACUGAAUAAAACAGCUGUCUGAG